AGCUACUGGGUUCCGCAUGAUUCGACCCGAGUCACCGCCAGUGCAAUCUGCUCGUAAACAUGCACAUACGGACUGCUUUGCUGGUGUGCGUGCUCUGUCUGCAGGAACAAGUGUCAGCCUUUGAUGAACGAGAGUUCCAAUGCUGGGGCACAACCAACACCAUUCCGAGCACGUGGGUUUGCGACGGCGAAGGAGACUGCCCUCUAGUGGUUGACCAGAAGGCAUCCGAUGGCUUUGAAAGACCCGAUGAAAGCCCUAAGAUUUGCGCCUCAGCUACCUUGAUCGCCGAGAAGGUUCCUUUAGAAGUAACUACAGCAGAAAACAGUGCUGUACGCUUGGAUUGGCAACCACCAAAGGGAGAUUCCAACGUCCCUCUCACCCACGCCGGUUACUACCUCACCACCCGGUCGAGUGCAGUAACAUUUACGCGAACGAUCGACGCAGAGCAGCGAGGCAUGGUCUUGGACACAUUAGCCCCAUGGACAAGCUACACGCUCAUCUUGCGCCCUUUCUACUCUACAAAUGGUUCUCAAAAAGAAGAGCGCAAGCUCGGCCGGGCCGUCAACGCUACCGUGGUCACAAGUGCCGGAGCAGUGGCUCGGCACACGAUCGACGCCCGCGAGUUUCAAUGUUGGGGCACGAGCACAACUAUUCCAAGCACGCGGCUAUGUGACGGCACAGACGAUUGCCCCUUGGUGGUAGAGCAGUAUGCAUCUCAAGGAUUUGAAAGACCCGACGAAAGCCAGAAGAUUUGUGCCCCACCCACGCUGAUCGCCGAUGAUAUCCAGAUGGAAGCGACUACAGAAGGCAACACAAAAGUUCGCUUAUCUUGGCAGCCUCGUCAAAAUGACCCUAGUGUAUCACUGCGCCUAGCCGGGUACUACGUCACCGCCCAGUCAACAGCCUCAACCUUCACGCGUACCCUGGGUGCGGAAGAUCGCGAAGCGGUGCUGGAGUCACUCGAGCCGUGGACAAGCUACACCGUGAUUCUGCGUCCUUUCUACACGCAGAACGGUUCUCAUGACGAAGAUAGAAAGUUCGGCAGGGCUGCAAGCGUUACCGUUGUCACGGGAGCGACAGAACGCUCCAGUAUUCGUGAAGGCGAGUUCAAGUGCCCCGGAAGUGACAAGACGCUCCCAAGCGAAAAGGUCUGCGACGGAGACAUGGACUGCCCGUCGGCGACGGCGCCAAAGGCUACAGGAAGCUCCUACCCUGCCGACGAAAGCGAAGGAAUUUGUGUUUCACCGGCUCAGGCGAAACAGGAUCUUGCAGUUAAGGUUUUCGCUGCCGGGGAUACGGGAUUAGUGAAGUGGACCAGUGCGCGAGUGGACACCAACGUUACUCUGGAGCAUGCAGGAUACGUUCUGACCCUCAUCUCAAGUUCCGAGACGCUCACACGAGACAUUGACCGGCACGCGACUGCUACCAAGCUGACGGCUUUGGUACCCGGCAGGGAGUACCGGUUGUUCCUGAGGCCUUUUUACACGGCUCAAGGGAAACCUCAACAUUGGCGUCGUUUCGGCAGACCCAGCACGGCUACAUUCAAGCCCCCUCUAGAGGACUCUUUCAUCGAUGACAGCUCGUUCAAGUGCCCGGGAACGUCAAAGGUCAUCUCUAGAGAAGAUGCAUGCGACACCUACAACGAAUGCCCUAAACCACCCGGCCACCCCAACAGCCCAGAUGAAAGCAACAGUCUUUGCGCUCCAUAUCACAUAAAGUCGAGGCAGAUGAACCUGCAGUACUGGAAUCUCACGAGAAGGUCAAUUACGCUCAGCUGGCCAGCACAACAGGGCGACUCCAGCAUACCCCUGGAACUUGCCGGCUAUGUCGUCACUUACUGGACCGACACCAGCGAAACGGGCCGUCACCUGCUGCCACCGGAACGGACAAGCAUUAAGUAUGAGAAGCUGCCUCUACGAACAACGUUCAGGUUUAUUGUGAGGCCCUUCUACACGCCAGACGGGCGGUCCAUGGGAGAGAGAAGGUACCAGAGGGUCAGCGCCUUGUGGCACACUGUUGUUCUUGACGAUGACGACUACCCAGACGACAAGCCUUUCCCCUGCACGACUAUAAACAAAGUCAUAGCCAGCGAGAACCUCUGCGACACAUACAUGGAUUGCGGUAGUAACCAAGGCUCGCCGGACGAGGGCCAUGCUAUUUGUGCUCCGAACUCCCUCUUGAAUCAGAACAAGAACCUUUACAUGGAGCUCUUCUCACCGACGGCCGAUUCUGUGUCGCUGCGCUGGCUGCCUGCUGCCGGCGACAGUGGUUACCCCUACCUGGUCGCCGGAUAUAUAAUCACUGCACGAUCGGGCGACUGGACGCGUCGCCUGGAAGUUGGCAGCGAAGAAACAACUGCCGUCGUCACGGGACUGGUUCCCUGGAGUCAAUACCGGCUCAUCUUGAGACCAUUCUUUACGGCCGAUGGUGACCCGCGAAGUCUGCGCAAGUACGGCUCCCCUCAACAUCAGGAGUUCAGCACAAAAGUGGGCGUUCCCAGCGUGCCGAGGGACCUGAAAGUAAAAGAGACGAAGGAAGGCGUUGCCAAACUCAACUGGGAGGCUCCGAAGAAUCCGGCAGGUCCAAUAAGCGGGUACACGGUAACCUGGAACUGCAACAAUGUCAACAACACCCAAUCUACUGAAAAUUCCAACAUCUUAAUCUCAGGCCUGACAGCCGAGUUACACGGAUGCACCUUUAAAGUCGGCGCCUUCAACAAGCUCGAAGACGGCACAACCUUGAGUGGAAGCGACAUUCAACUUUCAAUAGACUAGUCGCUGGUAGAGCUCGGCAGCUGCAUGUUGCGCAAGGUUUUCGUACACCCAGUGCGUCCCGUGCAUAUUUCUCACAGACAUAUAGGCAAAUUUGCAUAGACAAUAGCAUACUUUACCUUCUGCAUUAUCGUAGUCGUUGAGGUGUCGAGCGCCCAAGGGCGCGGGUUCAAUUGACGGCCAAGGGGGUCGCAUUUUUCUAAGAACCAAAGGAAAAACAGCUAUGUACGUAGACAGGCGCAUAUGAACGAACCCCCUGUAUUUAGUAGCAUUUCUCAAGCCUUUGCUAUGGCAUGCCUUAUAACUAUGUUGAUUUUUGGCCCAUAAUACCCCAGACUUUCUUCUUUGUUCAAAUUUCCUUCAAAUCUGUUUUUCGACACAGUGCCUCUCUAUAGAUAGUGUGGUUCCCAACAUGGAAACCUGUAUAAAAUUAGCAAGCCGACCACAACUCGGCCCGUAUUCAUUAAACUGUCAAAUGACUGGUCUUCGUGUAAAAAAAAAGAACUUCAGAUGCGCAUGUGAUGGUUCACUCAAAAAAAGAAAACAAUGGUAUACACAGAGUACCUUGCUCAGCAGUAAAAAGAAAGAAGUUUUUUCUAUCAUUUGCCGGUGCCCGCCGCCUAUGUUUUGGCAUGCGCAGCGUCACAAAUUACUGAAGUUUCCUAUAAAAAGAGUUGCAGUGCAACGCAUUUAUUUUUUUGUAAAUAUGGGCUGUGUCCUGCUACCUCUGAACGAUACAAGUAUUAAAAGUAAGUAGAUUGCAUCCAUUUCUGAUGUUUAUAUGUAGCAAUGCAUGUGCAUUUUGUUUUUUUUAGCCAUCCGCUCGCACUGAAGAGAGCCUUCAACUACUGUAUUUUCCAAAUAAAUGGCUAUGCUAUUCU